UCAACUGACUAGCAAGUAUGUUUUUGUCUGGGGUGAUCACGUACGCAUCUGCACGCACCUAUAAAUCAGUGUUUAUUUUUAGUAGAGGCUUUGUAGAUUUUCCGAAAUACUUGUAAAUACCGUGUUCCGUAACCAAGAAAUGUAGGAAUUUACCAUAUAAUCUGAAUGUGAGAAUUCAUUCAGACCAAUUCAUGCGAAACACCCAAAUAUUGAUAUUUAAAACUGUCUCCGUAGAGAGUAAAAACGAACAGUCGGACGCAAACAUAAUCGACUAAACUACAGAGGUUCGGUAAUUCGUUUACUUAACGUUCGAGCAUAUUUACGUAUCUGUUAAUAGCGUACAAAUUAAUCCACGGAACGAAACGGAUGCCAGCCGGGAUUGAUCGUCAGUAAAUUCGAAUACGAAGUGUGACUGUUUUCCUUUUCGAAAGUAAAUGUUUUUCCUUAAAAGUGUCUCCUAUAUUUGCUGAACAAAUACAGUAUAUUAUUCGAAAUUAAACAAUACCGCGAAACGCAUAGUGCACGGCAAUCUACUCCUUAAGUCAAACCAUUGUUUUAUACUUUCUGUUGUUUCGUUCCAAUUUAACUUAUAAACCAUUUCUUCGGUUGACUUUAUUGGAAAAAUCAAAAAUAUCUUGAGAACGACUAAAAGAUUUUAGCUGCGUAUCAUAUAAAUACAUCCAACGAGAAAUCAAGUGAACUGUGCGUAUACAGAGUGUAUGAGUCCCGGCACCGUAAGACGGUGCGUCGAUUUUUCAAGUUUCUUUUAGAAAACGUUGUGCACUGAUUGUGUAAGAUGCAUAUUGUAUGCAAAUGUUUGAACGUGUCCAUAAAAUCCAGGGGCACUGAACUGCAAAAGGUCAACAUCGAUGAUAUUGAACUGACACCUCAAGAACAAACCGACGGAUUCUUUCGUCAGAAUCUAGCUACAAUAUCAGAACUCGAAGGUAUCACUAAAGAACAGCCGGGUUUAGUGGAGAUAAGAAAUGUGGGAUCAUGGGUUAUUCACCGGUGUUAUAAUUGUUCAAUGUAUACACAUGCUGUGCACAGAGACUACGGUGCAGCUUUAGUUCUUAUUAAUAAUGACAUUGUUAAUUCUCCUGAAGAAAUAAACAAAUUAAAAUCUAAUCCUGAUUAUAGUCCAAUAUUUAGAAUAGUAAUUGCUCACAAUACUUUGGAAGAACUUGAUUACCCUCAACAACCUACUAAAUUUUCUGUAUCGCAGUUACCUAAUAACGUUCAAGUAGCUUUGGGUGGUCUCCAACAGCAGCUUGAAGAAGCAGUCCAACGGAGGUCUGCAGAAAUAGAAGAUAAAAUUCGUGCUUUCACAGCAGAGCAGUAUCAAUUAUUAGAACAAUUUCGUGAACGAGCUCAUAAUGAACACAGAAUAUUAACAAGGUUAAUUUCUAAAGGAGAGGAAACAAAUAGAUUAACAAAUAAUAUAGAAACACCUCCUACAACUCCAGACAGUUUUACGAUCAGCUUAUCUACCUCUACAAAUAACAUGGUGAAUACACCGUCAAAAGUAAUAUCAAGUGAAACAAAAAUUGUUAUUGGUCCUAAUGUUAAGCAUGAAGGUGCUAAAUAUUCCCCUAAUCCUGUUGUUAAUAGUACAAUAGAUAAAAAUAAUGGAGUAUAUAUACUAUUCGGAAACAGUUACACUGAUGAACCAACUAGUUUUGAUGCAGAAGCUUUAUUUCCUCUGGAAGGAAUGGAAGAUACUAAUACUACUGAUCAUGUUCAAUCUUCAGAAGAAGAAUCUGAUACAGAUGAUUCAGGUCAAGACGAAGGUAUUCAUAUGCCUAGGGGGCAAAGAAGUGGACAUCCUACAUUGGCUAAAUCAUUACCAGUUAGUGUUCCAUCUUUUCCUUCAUUUGUGCGUAGAACAGUUCAAGAUGAAGAUGAUGAUCAGUUAUCAAGAGAUCCACAUGAUCCGCAUAAUAUUAGAGCUUCGAUUAAAGCUCUAGCUAAGAGCGUUCAUGGUGAUACAGUAUUUGGAGAUUUGCCACGUCCUCGUUUCUCUACUCAAAUCUGACUUUAAAACAAUUUCAAAGAAACAUAAUGAAUUUAUAUUAAGAAAAUAAUAUACAUAUAAAGUACCUAUUAUUCGUAAUUUGUCUUUCAGUGAAUUCUACAAGAGAUUGAUGUAUGCAAAGACAGAAUAAACAUAGAAGUUUAUAGAAGUAUUGAUAUUUCGCAUAUUUUGUAUACAUUGUAAGGUGAAAAUUAAUUCAAAUCUUGGCUUUAUUAGACUGUUGAGUUUCUUUAUAAAAUGAGAAAAUUUUUAUACCUACGUAUACGUGACGCUAUAUUAUAAAUGUGCUACACAUUUAUUACAGACCAUAUAUUGUAUGAUGUAACGAAUUAUUUAAAUUUCAAAAAUUAGUGCAACGUGAGAUUUAAUGAUGCCAUAUCUGAAAUAAAAUCGUACUAGAAACAAAGUGAAACAAAAAAACAUUUCUUAUGUAUCAAUUUAGAAACUAAGCUAUCAAAACGAUAAUUUUACUAUAGUUGUUAUUUUUACAAUGUACUAUUAUCACUAGAUGUAGAAAAAUUCAUCAUAAGUUACGCCAAUAAUCUUAAUAACAAAUUACUGUUAUAGACUGCACUCAUGUUAUACAUAAUAUUUCAACACAUUACAUCGUUUUUUAUAUGUAUUUUCUCUUCUAAACUAUUAAUUUUUUUUUUAUCAAAUAAAGGAAUUACACAUUUUUUUGUAUAGAGUAGUAUGCUUUUAUUAUUAUUAUUAUUAUUUACAUUAAAUUAUGUUUAAUUUGAUUGCGUGAAUGCACAGUCUAAUCAAAGAUUUCGAUUUUCAAUGUUAUGUUACGCAUACGAAAAUGAUUCACUUUAUAUUACUUUCAACUAUAGUACCUUACAAAUUUUGAAAAUUAGUAAUUUCAGUGUUGAUUGGUAAAUAUAUUUUAUAUCUAAUUUUCGACUAAUUCACAAUAUUUAGUUCAAUCACGAGUGAAAUUAAAAUUAUAUUGCAAGGAGUAUAUGUUAUGUUUACAAGAAAUAUUUUCAUCUAUAUAUUAUUUUUGUAUAUGAAUAUAUGAGGCGAAACUACAGAAAUGUAUGUAAAACACAAUAAUGAAUAAGAUAUUUACGUACGUUUCUGUAAAAAAAUAUGAAAUACUAAUGAACAUUACAGUAUAGAUAGUUACUUUAAUUAUACAUUUUGAAUUUGCAUCAAGCCACACGCUGUGUUACUUUUUUAUAGAUUUAUAUCAUUAGUUUUUUAGAGUUUGUAAUUUUUGUACGAAUCAACAGUAUCAUGUGAUAAGCAACAAAUUACAGAUUAGAAACAAACAAUGAAGCGAAUUAGUACAAAAAAACAUGUGGCUUUUCUAAUCGUGUAAUGCACAAUUAUAAAAUUGUAUAUCAACGUUCUACUCAUCAAAUUGUAAAAUCUAAGAAAUGCUUCUAUGAUAAAGCUUUAUGUCACGAAAAAUGAUUAAUGAGAAUAAAAUGUUGCUAUAUGAAAAGAAGAAAAUAAAAAAUCAUAAUCAUAUUACUAGUGUUUAUUUCAAGGACCAUUUAUACUCUAGAAUUGACAUAGUUUCAUAGUACCUUUUAUUUUACAAAUAAACAUGUACAAAAACUUGUUUGACACAAAAAAUCUUCUACCCACUUUUAAAAUUGUUAUUAAUUAUAAAAUGCUUUAUGGAGAUUGACAUACUGCA